AUGAAAACGUGCCCUGAUGGAAAUGGCAGCCUGAACGCCGACUGGAUGGGUGCGCUCAGCCCCACGCUUACCCCAUUGCCCCUGAAGUAUCUAGCGGUGCCAGGGUCCCAUGACUCUUUCACUUUCUGGGUGGAUGUGAAGGCCCCCGUGGGGCCUGAUCAGAUAGCAGUGGUGAAGUACCUGGCAAUGGUGUUCCGACUGCCGGCUAAGAAGGUGAUGAAGAAGUGGUCCAUGACACAGAACCUGACGUUCCGUCAGCAGCUGGAAGGUGGCAUCCGCUACUUCGACCUGAGGGUGUCAUCCAAGCCGGGCGAGCCAGGCCUUGAGAUCUAUUUCAUUCAUGGCCUGUUUGGUCAUCGGGUGCGGGAUGGGCUGGCCGAUAUCAACAGAUUCCUGGAUAGCCACCCUAAAGAGGUGGUUUUCCUUGACUUCAAUCAUCACUAUGCCAUGGGGCAUGAGCACCACUGCUACUUGAUUGGCAUGCUGCAGGAGGCGUUUGGUCACAAGCUGUGUCCUCCUCAGGUGGUGGAGGACAUCACUCUCAACUACCUGUGGGAGAAGAAGUAUCAGGUCCUGGUGUUCUACCACCACUCCACGGCUGUGCAAGAGUGUACUCUCCUGUGGCCGGGCAGUAAGAUCCCUGCCCCCUGGGCCAAUACCACAGAUGCUUCCAAGUUGACCCAGUUCCUGGAGACCACACUGGGGGAGCGGGCCAAGUACGGAGCCUUCCACGUCUCCCAGGCCAUUCUCACCCCCCGAGUGAGCACUAUAGCCUGCGGACUCAUCAAGGGCCUACGCAACCACCUGGUGGAGAGGAAUAUUCCCACUAUCAUGGCCUGGGUGGAGGCGCAGAAGCCAGGGGUCAACGGGGUCAACAUAAUCACAUCCGACUUUGUGGACCUGGUGGACUUUGCCAACACGGUCAUUAGGCUCAAUGACCUGCUUCUUCCUAGCCAUGCAGUCACCUGAUCACGGAAGCCAUAACUAUCCAAAGAUCACCAAACCAUAAAGGUCAUAUAACCAUCACAGAGAUGAGCAAUUAUAUGACCAUCUCAGAAAUUAAUGAUCACCAGACCAUCACAGAGACAAAAGACUGUGAUCUGAAAGGGACAGUUACACAGCUCCCAGACUAGGCACUGGGCUUAUUUCACUUCCUGGGUUUUGUUAAAACAAAAAAGAGA